GGGCCUCGCGACUUCCGCUUCCGGCCCCGCUUGGUGCAGGACCAAGAUGGCUGCCUCGGCUGCGUCCCUGCUGUCUCGGCUGCAGAGCCGCGCCGCCCCGCAGCUGGGGCGCUCGCUGGCGAGCCACGCGCACGGCGAGGAGGGCUCAGCGCGCCUGUGGAAGGCGCUCACCUUCUUCGUGGCGCUGCCCGGCGUGGCCGUGAGCAUGCUCAACGUCUUCCUCAAGUCGCAGCACGCCGAGCACGAGCGCCCCGAGUUCGUCGCCUACCCGCACCUCCGCAUCCGCUCCAAGCCCUUUCCCUGGGGAGAUGGUAAUCACACCCUGUUCCAUAAUUCGCACCUGAACCCCCUGCCAACCGGCUACGAAGAGGACUAAGACGUGAGAACCAGCGCCCAGGCCGGGCACCACAUCACUUGUUUGGACCAAUCUCCACACGGACCAGGAAUGCGUAUGGGACCCCAUUUCACCGAUGACCAAUUUCCCACCUCCCAUUCCUCUGCUUCCAGCUGGGGGUGGCUUAAAUAAACCUUAGGUUGGUCA